AUGACAAAUAUUUUGCUCGGUAAUCCAAUUGAUGAUAGUCUAAUGGAGUUAGAAAAGAUCUUCACUGUAUUCUAUACUUUACCAAGGGAUAGUCAUUUUUAUGCAUUCAUCAGUAAAAUCUUUCUUGGUGCUGGGUAUCAAUGGAGAUCGACCGACGCAUCUAAUAAUAAUCUCGCUUUUCCAACUGUUGGUCAAUCUGUACAGAAAUUUGUUCAAACUUGUCGUUCUAAACGACCUCAAGCCGAAGCACUUCCAGAUCCAGCUCUGAUAUUUGAUGAACUCUUAAUACGAUGUUCAGGAAAGGAUGGUAAAUUUAGAAAAAAUGAAUCUCAUGUUUCAAGCAAUUUGUUUUAUUUUGCAACACUAAUUACUCAUGAUUUAUUUAAUACGGAUGAACGAGAUAGAAGUGUUAAUACCACGAAAAGCUAUGCGGAUUUAAGUCCUUUGUACGGGUGGACAAAGAAGACACAAGAUUCUGUUCGCACAGGAAAAGAUCGUCUACUUAAACCAGAUCAAUUUGCAGACAAUCGAUUCUGGCUUCAAACUGCUGGUGUGACCACUUUGCUCGUACUCUUCAAUCGAAAUCAUAAUUAUAUGGCAGAAAAACUUCUUCAGAUCGAUGAAAAUUAUCGAUUUAGUUCCCUUCGAGAACAAGAACGUGAUGAAGCACUCUUUCAAACAGCACGAUUGAUCAAUGGACGAACCUAUGCGAGUAUCAUUCUCUUUGAUUAUUUAUGA